CCCGCGGUCAUACUGCUGGUCGGCGUCGCAGUUUUUUACUUUUGUUUGAAUUUUAAAUUGAAUAAAAAUUUAGCAAAUAAAAUAGCCAUUUAAAUUCGUUGCGUCAAGUGUUACAUAUUGUGUGACUAAUACGUCCCACGCAUAACAUAACCCGCAAAAGAAAAUAAACAAAUGCAGUGUAAUUCACAGCUUGUGGCCGCGUCAUGUGUCAUAGCGCUAUUGAUGUCGACGGCGCAGGCAGGACUGCAGCCAGGUGGCAAGAUAAUCGAACUGGACGAGGAUAAUUGGCACUUGAUGCUCAAGGGAGAAUGGAUGAUUGAAUUCUUUGCCCCUUGGUGCCCGGCCUGCAAGAACUUGGGACCCACUUGGGAGCGGUUUGCACGCGUUGCAAAAGAUGUCAAAGUGGAGGUAGCCAAAAUGGAUGUGACGUCGUCGAAGAAGAGCCGGAAGACGAGAAGGAGGACGAUGAAGCCGAUGAUGAUGGUGAGCCGGAGAAGACCGACAAAGAAGUAGCGAAGCAGGGUGGCGAUGCCGUGCCAGAAAAACUCGAAAAGACAGACCAAGUGCGCAAGCGCAAACCUCGUAAGGCGGAUUAGAUCCAGUCGGUCUCAGUAAUUGGACCAGCAGCAAAAGACUAACGAACUGAAAUAGAAUCGAGAAAAAAAUCGCAUUUUUCAAAGCAAAUCGUUUUCACAUAUACUUUCAGCAUGUCAGGUCCUCUGCUCUGCGCACAAAAAAAAAGAUUUUCCACACUUAAUACCAGCAUUAAAAGCAAAGCCAGUUUCCACGUGCUAUGGCACCUUAACAUGUAUUUCUUAAAUAUGGAAACUAUAAACGAAACGUAACAAUAACUACUUUAACCUUAGUCGUACACUUUCAUUUUUGUUGCAAAAGCCUUGUGUUCAUAAUUGUUUUCCUUCUCGAUAAUGUAAUAAUAAAUUCUCUAAGCAUUUCA